AAAGCACCAUCGUCAGAUUACGUUCAUUAAAAGCAGAUGAGCGCUGGCGCAGCUGCACUGAGGGCUACCUGCACCCAUAGGUGCGCUUGGAUACGUUUAUCUGCAUAUAUCUACACCAAUGAUGUUGGCUCUUUUCCGUAUUUGCACGAGUCAGUGAAUUUGAACGCUUGUUGUUUAAAUUACACGAGUGACACCAAAGGAAACGGGGUGAUGAUCUGAUCGUCUCCCAUUUAAUUUUAUGGAUAUGGGAAUUGCGCACGCUCGGUCACUCUGGUCGGACAGGUCCCUCUGAACUGUCACCGAGAAGUUCUGUUCACCUGAAACUUCUUCCCAUCGUCAAAGUCCGUCCUCCGGUUGAUGCCGAGGAUUAUGACCAUGAACGGUGACCACGAGUCGGUCGCCACGGCACCGCUGGAUCUGCGCACCACAACCCGAGAGCGUGGCAGCGCCGGCUCCAGGGCUCCGGACUGCAGGAGCCGCGGCAGGGACGCUCUGGUGUCCGGAGGCUCACCUGCGCCUCCGGCAUGCACCGGGACGGACAGUUCGGAAAGCCGCUGCCCCGCGGUCAGGAACGGAGUGGGCUCAGAAAACAGCACGGCUCGCAAGCGGCCGGCGGAUACAUCUUCCUCCAAGCUUCCUUUUAGGAAACGCCCGAUUCCUGUCGAACCAGAGACCCAGAGGCGCUCACCGGCUCCAGCAGAAAGUGCUGAGCGCUUUUCUCCCGCGGAAGAUAAAGACUUGACAUUUCGGGAGAGUUUUCCUGCUUAUUUGGAAAGACACGGGGAAGGAAACAGACCGGUACCGGCGACCCACGGACAAGCAGAACCGAGUCCUAAUGGAUAUCCCGUGUGCUUUUUGCACCCAUUUAAUUACGGUCACUACCCAGUGUACUGUUUGUCUCCUGUCCCCGAGCCCAGUUACCCUCUGGCCCAUCAAACUGAACACUUGCUGGCUGGCAUCGCUCUGGCGACGCACCAGGACGAAGACGGAGACACAGCUCUCCAUAUAGCCGUGGUGAAAGGGGAAUUGGACGUUGUCUUCAAACUAAUCCAACUCUUGCUGUGGGCUCGCAGAGGCCUUGAUAUCUACAACAAUCUCCGCCAGACUCCCCUUCAUCUAGCAGUGAUAACCAAGCAGGCCGACAUGGUGGAUGCGUUGUUGAAAGCGGGGGCCGACCCUGCAGCCUUGGACCGCAACGGCCAAACAGCUCUCCAUCUCUGCUGCGAAUAUGACCAGCGUGACUGUCUGUCUCGAGUACUUUCUCGAGUACUUUCUCCAGGCAUUUCUUCAUGCCUGGAGAUCAGAAACUAUGAGGGGUUGAGCCCUCUCCAUCUGGCUGUGCUGCAUGGCUUUAAGGAUUUGGCUCGACUGUUGCUGAACGCCGGAGCUGACAUCAAUGCUAUGGACAUCAAAAGUGGCCAGAGUCCCCUCAUGCACGCCGUGGAGGGAAACAAUGCAGACAUGGUCCACUUCCUCAUCGAGAGUGGAUGUGAUGUCAACAGCCAGUCAUACAGUGGAAACACAGCCCUGCACAGCGCCUGCGGUCGAGGUCAGGUGGACACUGUGCGGCUGCUGCUUAAAAGUGGAGCUGACAGCAGCCUCAAGAACUACCACAACGACACCCCAGUGAUGGUGGCCAACAACAAAAAAAUAGCCGAUGUGUUACGAGGGAGAGGCUCGAAACAGAUAAGAGAUCAGAAUCAACACUGUCUGUCACCACAUGGAAGCAGCUUAACGGAAAAUGGGUCCCCAUCUCCCAGCCAUAGUCAUGGAUGUUCACCUUCAACCACACCGCACGCCUUUCAUCACAGCGCUUCCUGCUCUCCAUCUACACUUGGAUCCAUUUUACUAGCUCACAGUUGCUGUCCGGUGAAACCUGCUACUACCUCCACACAACCAAGCGUCAAGGGGACGACCAAAACAGAGAAGCGGAGCAGCUGUUGGGAUUCUCUGCAUACACAUAAGCAUCAACAGAAAUGUGCUCUUGCAUGAAAUCAAGGCUGAACAUUAAGGACGUUUUUCAAACUGCCAGUAGAUAUCAGUGAGAAGAGGACAUGUGCCAAAGCUCUAGAAACUCCAAAAUGCCAUUUUCGAAGUAUUUUCAGGCACUUUUUUUUUUUGAUGGAGGAGAACAGUAAAUAGAAAAGAGACCGUGGUGGGGAUUCUGUGUAAACUAUCCUGAUCUCUCUUGAACUGUGAUAUUGUAUUAACAUUGUCAACAGGAACAUGGGCACCCCAAGUCUUGUUCAAGUUUCUAAUUUACUUUCAUUGCACAGUCAGUUCCUUCACUGUAGCUGCCUUUCAGGUCUGCUAGUGUGCAUAUGUGCUUGUAUGUAUUUUUUUUUUGUAUCACUGUCAAAAGUUGCAAAUAUUUUUUUAUAUAAAAUAAGUCCAACAUA